CCAAGUGGGACCCGAGACCCGCUGCGGGGCCGCCAGCGCGCAGUCCCAGGGCCCCGCCGAGAGUCCCUGGAGGAGGGGUCUGGGGGGGCAGGGCCGGGGAGGGGCCGGCCGCGGCGGAGGUCGGCGGGCGGGACGCCUCUGCCCGCCCGGCAGGCUGCAGACUCGCGCCCAGCGCCGCGUCCGGAGCGUGCGCCCGCUGCUUCCUCCCCGGAGCGCACCGAGCGGCGGCGGCGAGAUGCGCGGCGUUGGCGCGGGGAGCGCGCUCCUGGCCGCGCUGCUCUGCGUGGCGGUGCGGGGCCAGCAGAGAGGCCUGUUUCCUGCCAUCCUGAAUCUCGCCAGCAAUGCACACAUCAGUACCAAUGCGACCUGCGGGGAAAGGGGACCCGAGAUGUUCUGUAAGCUUGUGGAGCAUGUGCCGGGUCGGCCUUUGCGAAACGCCCAGUGUCGGAUCUGCGAUGGCAACAGCGCCAACCCCAAAGAACGCCAUCCCAUCUCCAAUGCCAUUGAUGGCACCAACAACUGGUGGCAAAGUCCCAGUAUUCAGAAUGGAAGAGACUAUCACUGGGUCACCAUCACUCUGGACCUGAGACAGGUCUUCCAGGUGGCUUAUGUCAUCAUUAAAGCUGCCAACUCGCCUCGCCCUGGAAACUGGAUUCUGGAACGUUCUCUGGAUGGCACCACAUUUAGCCCCUGGCAGUAUUAUGCAGUCAGCGACACGGAGUGUUUGACGCGCUACAAUAUAACUCCCACGCGGGGACCGCCCACGUACAGGGCUGAUGAUGAAGUGAUCUGCACCUCCUAUUACUCCCGGCUGGUGCCCCUGGAGCAUGGAGAGAUUCACACUUCAUUGAUCAAUGGCAGACCAAGCGCUGACGAUCUCUCGCCCAAGUUGCUUGAGUUUACUUCUGCACGGUACAUCCGCUUGCGCUUACAGCGCAUCCGAACGCUCAAUGCGGAUCUGAUGACCCUUAGCCACCGGGAACCUAAAGAACUUGAUCCUAUUGUCACACGACGAUAUUACUAUUCAAUCAAAGACAUUUCCGUUGGAGGCAUGUGCAUUUGCAAUGGCCAUGCUAGUAGCUGUCCGUGGGAUGAAACCACAAAGAAACUGCAGUGUCAGUGUGAACAUAACACGUGUGGUGACUCCUGCAACGUGUGCUGUCCCGGCUACCAUCAGCAGCCCUGGAGGCCUGGGACCGUGUCUUCCGGAAACAUGUGUGAAGAAUGUAAUUGUCACAAUAAAGCCACAGACUGUUACUACGAUGAGCAUGUUGCCAGCCAGAAGAGAAGUCUGAAUGCUGCAGGCCAGUUCACAGGAGGAGGAGUUUGCAUCAACUGCCUGCAGAACACCAUGGGCAUCAACUGCGAAACAUGCCUUGAUGGGUACUAUCGACCACACAAAGUUUCUCCUUAUGAAAAUGAGCCUUGUCAUCCCUGUGACUGUGACCCCGUGGGCUCCCUCAGCUCUGUCUGUAUUAAAGAUGACCUCCAUUCUGAAAUGCGCAAUGGCAAGUGGCCAGGGCAGUGUGUCUGUAAGGAAGGCUAUGCCGGAGAGAAGUGCGAUCGUUGCCAGUUUGGCUAUAGGGGUUACCCCAACUGCGUCCGCUGUGAGUGCAGCCCAGCUGGCAGCGUCAACGACGAUCCCUGCACCGAGCCGUGUCUUUGCAAGGAAAACGUUGAAGGGAAAGACUGUGAUCGCUGCAAACCAGGAUUUUAUAACUUGAACAAGAGAAACCCCCAGGGCUGCACCGAGUGCUUCUGCUUUGGCGUCUCUGAUGUCUGCGACAGCCUCUCGUGGCCUGUCGGCCAGGUGAAAGAUGUGUCCGGGUGGCUGGUCACGGACUUGGUCAGUCCAAGUGUGAUCCAGUCCCAGCAGGAUGUGCUGGGAGGACGACACCGGGUCAGCAUCAACAAUACUGUGGUCAUGAAGAGGCUGGCCUCGCAGUACUACUGGGCAGCGCCUGAAGCCUACCUCGGAAACAAGCUGACUGCUUUUGGCGGGUUCCUGAAAUACACGGUCUCUUAUGAUAUUCCAGUGGAAGCAACGGACACCACCCUCAUGGCUCAUGCUGAUGUCAUCAUUAAGGGGAAUGGACUCACUGUUAGCACACAGGCUGAGGGCUUGUCACUACAGCCCUACGAAGAGUACUUGAAUGUGGUUAGACUGGUCCCUGAGAACUUCUGGGAUUUCAGUAGCAAAAGGGAGAUCGAUCGUGACCAGCUGAUGACUGUCCUUGCCAAUGUGACACAUCUCUUGAUCAGAGCCAACUAUAAUUCUGCAAAGACGGCUCUUUACAGGUUGGAUUCUGUCUCUCUGGACACAGCGAGCCCAAAUGCCAUCGAUCUGGCCGUAGCCACGGAUGUGGAGCACUGUGAAUGUCCCCAAGGCUACACAGGGACCUCCUGUGAGUCCUGCCUGCCUGGCUAUUAUCGUGUGGACGGAAUCCUCUUCGGAGGGAUUUGUCAGCCCUGCGAGUGCCACGGCCAUGCUGUGGAGUGUGACAUUCAUGGUGUUUGCUCUGCCUGUUCACACAACACCACUGGAGACCACUGCGAGCAGUGCCAGCCUGGCUUCUACGGGACGCCUUCCCGAGGGACUCCUGGGGACUGCCAGCCUUGCGCCUGCCCCCUUUCCACGGCAUCCAACAACUUCAGCCCCACCUGCCACCUUGUGGACGAGGACAUUGUCUGUGACCAGUGUGCACCGGGCUACGCGGGAGACUGGUGCGAAAGAUGUGCAGAUGGUUACUAUGGAAACCCAACUGUGCCUGGGGAAGCCUGUGUCCCUUGUGAAUGCAAUGGCAAUGUGGACCCCUCUGAGCCCGGACACUGUGACCCGGUCACUGGGGAAUGCCUGAAGUGUCUCAGGAACACGACUGGCACCCAUUGCGAACGGUGUGCCGAUGGGUUCUACGGGGACGCAGUGGCUGCCAAAAAUUGCCGUGCCUGCAACUGUCAUGAAAAAGGCUCGCAUUCUGGGAUGUGCCAUCCAGAGACUGGAGUCUGUGACUGCAAACCCCACGUGACUGGACAGCAGUGUGACCAGUGCCUGCCCGGCUACUAUGGCCUGGCCCUAGGACACGGCUGCCUGGCCUGUGGCUGCAGCACAGCGGGCUCCACCUCGGAUGAGUGCACGGAUGAAGGGCGCUGUCGCUGUGCACCAGGGGUGGCUGGCGACAAGUGCGACAGGUGUUCCCAUGGCUUCUACGCCUUCCAGAAUGGUGGCUGCACAGCCUGUGACUGCGCUCACACACACAACACCUGCGACCCCCGGUCUGGCACGUGCAUCUGCCCUCCCCACACCCGCGGGCUGCAGUGUGAGGAAUGCGAGGAUGGGUACUGGGGCCGUGACCUGGAGCGUGGAUGCCAGGCUUGCAACUGCAGUGGUGAGGGGUCGACCAGUUACCAGUGCGAUAUGCUCUCUGGCCAGUGCCAGUGCAAGUCUGCAUUUGAUGGACGCAGUUGUGACCGGUGCUCCUUGGGUUACAGAGACUUCCCAGACUGCGUCCCCUGUGACUGCGACCUGAGGGGUACGCUGGCGGACACCUGUGACCUGGAGCAGGGUCUCUGCAGCUGUGCGGAAGAAACUGCCACCUGCUCCUGCAAGGAGAACGUCUUUGGCCUCCAGUGCAGCGAAUGCCGAGCUGGCACCUUCGCCCUCCACGCGGACGACCCGCUGGGAUGCAGACCAUGCUUUUGCUUCGGACUGUCCCACCUCUGCUCAGAGCUACAGGGUUACGUGAGGACCCCAGUGACGCUGGACUCCGAUCAGCCUCUUCUGAGAGUGGUUUCCCAGAGUAACCUGAGGGGCACGAUGGAGGGGGUCCACUACCAGGCCCCUGAUAUCCUGCUGGACGCCGUGACUGCCCGACAGCACAUUCAGGCCGAGCCAUUUUACUGGUGGCUGCCGGAACAGUUCCAGGGAGACCAGCUCCUGGCCUAUGGUGGCAAACUGAAAUACAGCGUGGCCUUCUACUCUUCCGAUGGCAUCGGCACCUCCAACUUGGAGCCUCAAGUUCUCAUCAAAGGAGGUCGGACCAGAAAGCAAGUCAUUUACAUGGAUGCCCCUGCGCCAGAGAAUGGAGUGAGGCAGCAGCAAGAAGUAGAAAUGAAGGAGAAUUUCUGGAAAUAUUUUAACUCUGUUUCCGAGGAACCUGUCACACGCUCAGAUUUCAUGUCUGUUCUCAGCAACAUUGAGUACAUCCUUGUCAAGGCCUCAUAUGGUCAAGGGCUCCAGCAGAGCAGGAUCUCAAAUAUCUCCUUGGAAGUCGGCAAAAAGGCUGAUGCGCUACAGCCGCACGGAGAGGUGGCCUCGCUGUUGGAGAAGUGUGUCUGUCCUCUGGGCACAGCAGGCUUCUCCUGUCAGGACUGUGCACCAGGCUACCACCGAGGGAGGCUUCCAGAAGGUGCUGGCAGGGGCCCCCGCCCUCUUCUUGCUCCCUGUGUGCCAUGCAGUUGCAACAACCACAGUGACAUGUGUGACCCCGAAACUGGGAAAUGUCUGAACUGCAGCGAUCACACAGCGGGGGACCACUGUGACGUGUGCGCGCCAGGAUAUUACGGGAAGGUGAUUGGCUUGGCCGACGACUGUUCUCCGUGCACCUGCCCCUACCGCCAGCCUGCCAGUUUCAGUCCCACUUGUGUCCUGGAAGGUGAUGGUGACCUCCGAUGUGAUGCCUGCGCCCCUGGCUAUGAAGGACAGUACUGUGAAAGGUGCUCCUCAGGCUACUAUGGGAACCCUCGGAUGCUGGGCGGCAGGUGCCAUAAGUGUGACUGCAGCCCACACGGCUCUGUUCACGGUGACUGUGACCGUGAAUCCGGGCAGUGCAUUUGCCGGCCAGGAGCCACUGGACUGCAAUGCGAACAAUGCGAACCCAGGCACAUAUUGCUGGAGAGCAAUUGUGUUUCUUGUGACGAUGAGUGCACUGGCGUGCUGCUGGAUGACCUGGACAAUAUUGGAGAUGCCAUUCUGUCUGUGAACCUGACCGGCGCUUUUCCUCUCCCCUAUGGAAUUUUGUCAAACCUGAAAAAUACCACUCUGUAUCUCCGGAAAUCUUUUUUAAAAGAGAACACUCGAAAGGAACUGGCUAGCACUGAACUUGAAGAUGUCGCAGAACAAACAGAGGGCCUGCAACAGGAGCUCACCAGAGUGUUAACAACUAGCCAACAGGUGAACAAGGCAACUGAGAGAAUCCUCAACGCCAGCCAAGACUUGGCCACAUUCAUUGAGAGGCUGCAAGUGGACAUCAGAGACAUUCUUGAAAAGGCAGCAACUCUCAACCAGACCCGGGACGAGGACUUCCCGCUGCCCAAUUCGACCCUGCAGCAUAUGCAGCGGAACUUGACGGCUUUGCUGGAAGUCAUUCAGAACAGACAUUUCACACAGCUGCACCAAAAUGCCUCCCUGGAACUCAAGGCUGCUGAAGAUUUACUGCUACAAAUUCAGAAAGCUUUCCAGAAGCCACAGGAAGAUUUGGAGGUAUUAACAUCCAAGGCCAGCAGCCUGCUUUCAAAGCACCACAAUGAACUGCAGGUGGCAGAAGAACUUGUGCGGCAGGCAGAGGCAAAGACCAAGGAAAGCAGCCACCUGCUGCUUAUUGUCAAGGCCAACCUGAGAGAAUUCAAGGAUAAAAAGAGACAUGUCCGAGAAGAACAGAACUUGACCUCAGAGCUGACUACGCAAGGCAGAAGACUGAUGGAUGCUGCCACCGUGCAUGCAGACACUGCACAAAAUACUCUAGCUCAGUUAGAGAACCUCCAGGAUGAGCUACUUCUGUGGGCCACUAAAAUCAGGCACCACGUUGACGAUCUCGUCAUGCAAAUGUCCAAAAGGAGAGCACUUGAUCUUGUCUACAGAGCGGAGGAUCAUGCAGCUGAGCUCCAAGGACUAGCAGGUGCCCUGGACAGUGGUCUUGAGAAGGUCACACAUGUGUCCCUGAAUGCGACCAGCGCAGUCCACGUCCAUUCCAACAUUCAGAGUCUGAUUGAAGAUGCAGACAGACUGGCCAGAGAUGCCCGCAGGACUGUAGCUGAGAUGAGCCUGCUCUCAGAGUCGAUCGUUUCUAGCGGGAAAGCAGCUCUGCAGCGUGGUUCCCAGUUUCUCAAAGAAGGCAGCGACCUCAGCAGAAAGCACCAAGGUAUCACAUUGAAACUGAGUGAACGGAAACAAGCAGCAAAGCGAUUUCAUGAGAAUGCUGAUAAUAUCACCAGGCAAACCCGUGAAUCACUGCUGAAGCUUAGAGCAAUUCCUGCAGGUGUGAGAGACAAAGGAAGCAAAACCAAAGAGCUGGCCACAUCUGCCAACCAGACUGCAAUGAGCACCCUAAAGGAUGUGGUGGGAUUAAGCCAGAAGGUGUUUAACACAUCUACUGGCUUGUCCCGCAUGAAUGCCACCCUUCAGGAGACGCAUGACCUUCUGCGGGACUCCACCAUGACUACUCUGUUGGCUGAAAGAAAAGUUAAAGACGUGGAAAAACAAGCCAACCUGCUCCUGGAUCGGUUGAAGCCGUUGAAGAUCUUAGAGGAGAACCUGAACAGAAACCUCUCGGAAAUUAAGCUGCUCAUCAGUCAGGCCCGAAAACAAGCAGCCUCUAUUAAAGUUGCUGUGUCUGCAGACAGAGACUGCAUCCGGGCCUACCAGCCUCAAAUUUCUUCUACCAACUACAACAGCUUAACCCUGAACGUGAAGACAGGCGAACCCGAUAAUCUACUCUUCUACCUGGGCAGCAGCACCAGUGCUGACUUCCUUGCAGUGGAGAUGCGGCGAGGGAAGGUGGCCUUCCUCUGGGAUAUGGGCUCUGGGUCUGCACGGUUAGAAUUUCCAGACUUCCCCAUUGACAACAACGAGUGGCACAGCAUCCAUGUGACCAGGUUUGGAAACGUUGGCUCAUUGAGUGUAAAGGAAGUGAGCUCAAGUGAAAAGGCCCCAGUAAAAACCAGCAAAUCCCCUGGAAUGGCUAAUGUUCUGGAUAUAAACAACUCAACAUUGAUGUUUGUUGGAGGACUUGGAGGACAAAUCAAGAAAGCUCCUGCUGUGAAGGUCACUCAUUUUAAAGGCUGCAUGGGAGAAGCUUUCCUGAAUGGGAAAUCCAUCGGCCUGUGGAACUACAUCGAAAGGGAAGGCCAGUGCCAGGGCUGUUUUGGAAGCCCUCAGGAGGAAGAUGCUUCCUUCCACUUCGAUGGCAGCGGACAUUCUGUGGUGGAGAAGACACUCCGGGCCACCGUCACCCAGAUCAUCAUGCUCUUCAGUACCUUCUCACCUAAUGGGCUCCUUCUCUAUCUGGCUUCCAAUGGCACCAAAGACUUUUUAUCCAUUGAGUUGAUGCAUGGCAGAGUGAAAGUUACCAUUGACCUGGGUUCAGGACCCCUUGUCCUUACGACAGACAGACGAUACAACAAUGGAACCUGGUAUAAAAUUGCUUUCCAGCGAAACCGGAAGCAAGGACUGCUGGCAGUCAUUGACGCCUACAACAGCAGCGAUAAGGAAACCAAGCAAGGCGAGGCUCCCGGAGUCUCCUCAGACCUGAACCGUCUAGAUAAGGAUCCCAUUUAUGUUGGGGGACUGCCCAGGUCAAGAGUCACAAGGAAAGGGAUCACCAGCAAGAACUAUGUGGGCUGCAUCAAGAACCUGGAAAUAUCCAGAUCAACCUUUGAUUUGCUCAGAAAUUCCUAUGGAGUGAGAAAAGGCUGUGUGCUAGAGCCUAUUCGCAGCGUGAGCUUCUUGACAGGUGGCUACAUUGAACUGCCCCCCAAGUCCUUGUCCCCAGAAGUGGAAAUGCUGGUCACGUUUGCCACCACCAAUAGCACUGGCGUCAUCCUGGCUGCCAUCGGCAAGGAUGCUCAGAGGCAGGGCCACUGGCAGGUGCAUGUGCCGUUCUUUUCCAUCAUGCUGAUUGACGGCCAUGUUGAAGUGCAUGUCAGUCCAGGGGAUGGAACCAGCCUGAGAAAAGCUCUCCUGCACGCUCCCUCCGGCACCUACAGUGACGGACAAGCCCAUUCCAUCUCCUUGGUUAGGAGCCGCAGAAUUAUCACUGUCCAGGUGGACGAGGCGCAUCCUGUGGAGAUGAGGCUGGGCCCCUUCGCAGACAGCAGGACCAUCAACGUGUCCACCCUGUACCUGGGCGGAGUCCCAGAGGACGAGGACAUGGCGUUGCUCAAGACACGGAGCUCAUUCCACGGCUGCAUCGAAAACCUGGUGUUCAACAUGGAACUUUUGGAUUUCACUGGUGCGGUUGGCUAUGAAAAAGUGGACUUGGGCAGCUGCUUGCUGUCCGAAAGGCUUCCACUGGCUCUUCAUAGAGAGGACAGCGAGCCCUUGCCAGAGUCCCUGGCGUUUUUGAGUGCGGGACAGUGCGCGGUGGAGCCAGCUCUGGAGUAUGUUCCUGGUGCUCACCAGUUUGGACUCUCCCAGAACAGCCAUUUUGUGCUGCCUUUUGAUCAGUUGGCUGUCAGAAGGAGGCUCUUGGUGCAGCUGAGCAUCCGGACACUGGCGUCCAGCGGUCUGAUUUACCACAUGGCUCAUCAGAAUCAAGUUGACUACGCCACACUCCAGCUUCACGGGGGCCGGCUCCAGUUCACCUUUGACCUCGGCAAAGGCAGGACCAAGGUCUCUCACCCCACUCUGCUCAAUGACGGCAAGUGGCACAUGGUCAAGACAGAGUACAUUAAGAGAAAAGGUGUCAUCACGGUUGAUGGCCACGAGUCCCCCUCGGUGACCAUGGUGGGAGACGCCAUUACGCUGGACGUAGAAGGGAAGCUGUACCUUGGAGGCCUUCCUUCCGAGUACAGGGCCAGGAACAUUGGAAAUAUCACGCACAGUAUCCCUGCCUGCAUUGGGGAGGUGACAGUCAACAACAAACUGCUGGACAAGGACAGGCCACUGUCGACCUUGGCAGUGAACAGGUGCUAUGCAGUGGCCCAGGAAGGAACUUUCUUUGAAGGAAGUGGAUAUGCAGCUCUUGUCAAGGAAGGCUACAAAGUCCGAUCGGACGUAAAUAUCACACUCGAGUUCCGCACCUCCUCCAAGAACGGCGUGCUCCUGGGGAUCAGCAGUGCCAAAGUGGAUGCAGUCGGCCUGGAGCUCAUACAGGGCAAGCUCCUUUUCCACGUGAACAAUGGCGCCGGGAGAAUCACAGCCACCUAUGAGCCCAGGCCAGGCGGCACUCUGUGUGACGGCAAAUGGCACGUGCUGCAAGCCAACAAAAGCAAGCACCGCAUCACGCUCAUCGUGGAUGGCCACGCAGUGGGUGCUGAGAGCGCUCACACCCAGUCCACAUCAGCGGACACCAACAACCCCAUUUACGUGGGCGGCUACCCUGCCGGUGUCAAGCAGAACUGCCUGAGCAGCCAGACCUCGUUCCGCGGGUGCCUGCGAGGGCUGAGACUGAGCAAGGGCACCUGGCAGGUGCAGUCCUUCGACUUCAGCAGAGCUUUUGAUCUUCAAGGCGUCUUCCCUCACUCCUGCCCCGGGCCUGAGCCCUGAGCCGCUGGCAAUGAAGUCCUCCAUUGGAAGCAUUGCUAAUAUUAUGAGAAUCUAUUUGUGAAUGAGAGUCCCUUCAUGUCCAACUCAGGUUGUCUCCAAGGAGAAAUGUGUUGAUGGGAGACUGAAACCAUGUGUACAACAGAUACCUCUAUUAAAUGGGCUAAAAAGUCAAAUGAAUUCUUUGG